AUGGUCACCAAAACCCCAGCCCAUGGAGAGAAGUUCAAAAUCGGCGACCGGAUAACGGUCACCGCUCUGCACACUCCCUGCCAUACGCAAGAUAGUAUUUGCUAUUUUGCUGAGGAUGGGAAUCAGCGGAUUGUGUUCACCGGUGAUACGCUCUUUAAUGCCGGGUGCGGACGAUUCUUCGAGGGCAAUGCCCAAGAAAUGCACAAAGCACUGAAUGAAGUCCUCGCCUCAUUGCCAGAUGAUACGAAAGUUUACCCCGGCCAUGAAUACACCAAGUCGAACGUGAAAUUCUGCCUUUCAGUAUCCCAGUCAGACCCGAUCAAAAAACUGCACGCAUACUGCGAUAGCAACCCCCGAACGGACGGCGUCUUCACGAUCGGCGACGAGAAGUUGCAUAACGUUUUCAUGAGAGUUGCGGACCCCGAGAUGCAAAAGGCUACUGGGGCAACGAACCCCGUUGAUGUUAUGAAUGCUCUCAGAGAGAUGAAGAAUGCGAUGUAA